AGCACUCUCCGGCGACCUCGCUCCCCCGCCGCCAACCCUCCUCCUCCGGCGGCACCGCCAUGCGCGUCAUCGUCCCCCUCCAAGGCGUCGUACAGGGCCGUGGCGGCCUCGUCCUCGGCUCCGUCAUCCCUUGCGCGCUCUUCUAUCUUCUCCAGCUCUACCUCAAGCGUCACCGCCCCCGCCCUUCGCCCUCUGGCGAGCCCUCCGUCCCCAUCCCCAGAACCCAGUCUCGCUCCCUACUCUCCCCUCGCGGUAGCUCCGCUCCCGCCUCGGCCUCCUCCCGUGCCUCCGCCGUCGCCAGGGCCCCGGACUCCCCCUACUAUUCCGGCUACCAGGAGUGCUCGAUGGAUGCUUACCAUCCCGUCUCUAAUCCUGAGGGGGUUAUUCAGCUUGGCUUGGCUGAAAACCAGUUGACUCUGGAUUUGGUUCGCGAUUGGCUUGAGAGGAAUAUGAAGGAAUCGUUGCUUGGGAACCUGCAUGACGAGCUGAACAUCAGUGGGCUUGCCACUUACCAGCCAUAUGAUGGAUUGAUGGACUUGAAGAUUGCUAUGGCUGGAUUCAUGUGUCAAGUUAUGCAAGGAUCAGUUUCAUUUAAUCCUUCACAAAUCAUCUUAACUUCAGGUGCAACUCCAGCAAUUGAGACUCUCAGCUUCUGUCUUGCAGAUCCUGGAAACGCAUUCCUCAUUCCUUCUCCGUAUUAUCCAGGGUUUGACAGGGACAUUAAGCUGCGAACAGGCAUAGAAUUAAUUCCUGUUCCAUGCCGAAGCACCGACGGCUUCAGUUUAAGUAUUGCUGCUCUAGAACGAGCGUACACUCAAGCAAAGAAGAGAGGUGUAAAGGUUCGUGCUGUUCUUGUUUCAAACCCCUCCAACCCAGUUGGUAAUCUGCUGAGUCGGGAGACACUUUAUGACCUUCUGGACUUUGUUACUGAGAAGAACAUUCAUUUGAUAUCUGAUGAGAUAUAUGCUGGUUCAAUUUAUGAAAAUACGAAAUUUGUAAGUGUGGCUGAAGUUGUCGAGGCUGAAGAUUUUGACCGAAGCAGGGUUCAUAUUAUAUAUGGUCUGUCCAAAGAUCUCGCUCUUCCCGGCUUUAGAGUGGGAGUCCUAUACUCCUACAAUGAAACUAUCCUGGUUGCUGCAAAGAAGUUGGCAAGGUUCUCCUCUAUUUCAGCUCCCACACAGCGUUUGCUGGUCUCAAUGCUUUCUGAUGUGAAUUUCAUUACUGAAUAUAUUGAGAUAAACAGGGUAAGGCUUCGUAAAAUGUAUGCUUUGUUUGUGGAUGGACUGAAACAAUUGGGCAUUGAGUGUGCUUCUAGCAGUGGGGGUUUCUACUGUUGGGCAGAUAUGAGUAAGUACAUUCGAUCAUACAGUGAGAAAGGGGAGCUGGAGCUUUGGGAUAAGCUAUUAAAUGUGGCUAAGAUCAAUGUAACACCUGGAUCAUCCUGCCACUGUAUUGAGCCUGGAUGGUUUCGUUGCUGCUUUACAACACUGAGUGAAAGAGAUAUUCCUGUAGUUAUCGGGCGGAUAAGGAGUGUUAUAGAAAGCUGUAAAGUAAAUCAUUAAAAUGCUUGACACUUGUAUUCAGGUUUUGCAUUCUUUGCUAUAAAACAAGUCUAUUCAUGCUUUACAAUGUGCACACAAGUAGGAAGGAUAAGAUGUUGCCGGCGAAGUGGGUGAUUCUUCACUUCAUGCUAGGGUCUUCAUGAUGAUUAUCUGUCACAAUUGCCAAUACAAAGACUCCAGGAUUUCUGGAAAUGGAAAUACAUUUGAGCUGACAGGAGAAAUAUGAACUUAAAGUGACCGUCUGGUGCUGCACCAUUGCUGACAUUUGUUAGUUGGCAAUAAGUACACCAGCCUUGUCUCCACCAGUUCCAAAUGAAAAGCACACGAGGAGGUUCUUCCGAAUGUAGUCCUGCAAAGUUGUGAACUGGUUAGAAAUGUCUCUAGCAUGAGAAUCUUCGCUGUCUUAAGUUCUACUGCAAAUUUACAUCUCAGAAACUUCAAUACUCAUGUAAAUGUGAUUUUGCGGCCA